UUUAUUUAUUUUAUUAAUAUAAAGGUAAGAGAUUGUUCAUUUUCAUUCUUCUUUGUUUGUCUGUCAAAUUCAACUUCUAAAUUUUAAAUUGAAUCUGUUAUUUCACUGGUAUUUUCAUUUAUUUUUAGCCAUAACGAGGGAGGGUCCUUAGUACGUGGUAGAAUAAGUUGUAGCCUGUUUUUGUGGUUUCCGACAUAUUUAACUAUAUUUUUCGUUUUCAAACCCAAUCACAACGUUAUUUUAUUGUUAAUUAUUUAACCAGGUUUAUUAUAAACACACAUCCCAAGAUGGGGAAUAUGUUUGCUAACCUAUUCAAAGGCCUUUUUGGCAAGAAAGAGAUGAGAAUAUUGAUGGUGGGGUUAGACGCAGCUGGUAAAACCACAAUAUUAUAUAAACUAAAAUUGGGCGAAAUAGUCACCACAAUUCCAACUAUAGGCUUCAACGUUGAAACUGUCGAAUACAAAAAUAUCAGUUUCACAGUGUGGGACGUCGGCGGUCAGGACAAAAUCAGACCUCUUUGGCGGCAUUACUUCCAGAACACACAGGGUCUAAUCUUCGUAGUGGACAGCAACGAUCGCGAGCGUAUCGGCGAGGCGCGUGAAGAGCUGAUGCGCAUGCUGGCCGAAGACGAGCUGCGUGACGCGGUGCUGCUAAUCUUCGCCAACAAACAGGACCUGCCCAACGCCAUGAACGCGGCCGAAAUCACCGACAAACUGGGUCUGCACUCACUGCGCAACCGCAACUGGUACAUUCAGGCCACCUGCGCAACGUCCGGCGACGGCCUCUAUGAGGGACUCGACUGGCUGUCCAAUCAGCUCAAGAAUGCUAACCGUUAGGCGGCCCGCAACUGGUUGCAACCGGUUUCUUUGUCUCCAACAACCGGUUACAGCGGCUCACAAACCAGUUUGCACUGCUCACAACUGGUUGCGACCGGUUUAUUUGUCUCCAACAACUGGUUGCAACCAGUUUCUUUGUCUCUGGUGGCCCAGAACUAACCGUUAGGCGCCUCACAACUGGUUGUUGGAGACAAAUGAACCAGUUGCAACUGGUUGUUGUGAUGUGGAAGCCGGUUGUAAACGGCUGCUGGAUAGUCGUGUGUUGUUGGGAAUGAGUUGUGAAAACUGGUUAUGUUGUAGAAAAUUAAGAACUUGUUUUGAUAGUGCAAAAACUAAUUGUUUGAGACAAAUAAACCGGUUGCAACUGGUUUACUGUACUGUGGAAACUGGUUGUAUACGGUUGCUAGAUGUUGGAAUGAGUUGUGCAACUGGUUGUUUUGUUGGGGAGGCUGAUUAUCAUUUAGGGAAUUAGUUUUGCAACUUGUUGCUAGGUUAGUUGAAGACAUGAAAGGAACCAGUUUCAACUGGUAUAGAGUUGCUUGGGUUUUGAUGCAACCGUUUGGGCAACUCAUUUCUACAACUGCAACUCACGAUGCAAUCAGUUUCUGCAACCGCAUCCGGUUGCGCAACUCAUUUCUGCAACUGCAUCCGGUUUCGCAAAUCAUUGUCGACAACACAUCCGGGUCUCAGUUUUCCACCGUGAGCCGCUUCCGGUUUUUGAAGAACUCUAUAAAUAUAAAUGAAGGACGUUGGCUGGGUGUGUGGGUGUAUGUGCGUGCGUGCAACAUGUGAUUAUAUAAGAUGUGUGCGUGAGUGUGUAAGAAUGUUGAAAGAAGAUUAUGAAGUGCAACAAAAAGAAGAAGAAAACGAACUCUAAUCGAUUGUUUCUAGACAGUGCAGGUUUUUGUUUUGUCGUCGUAAUAUUACUGCAAAAAAUGAUGCCGGAAAAUCAUGUGGUGUGUUGAAAUUGUCCAAUAUAAGAGCUAUGAUUGCCUACUGUAAAAAUUGAUGCUAAAAUGUGGGUAAUUUUGUCCCCAACGGCUGCAGAAUAAUAUUAAACAUUAUGAGGUGGCUUUCAACCUGGUCUAUCAAUUAUUUCUCUUGCUUCACAGCUUUUAAUAACUGCCGUUAAAAUUUAAUUUUAAAAUUCAUCGAAAACAAUUUAUAGUGUAUGAUCUGUAUAAAUUUUAGUGUGGUAUUGGAAGAGUGUAAAAUUCAUCGUCUCACAAGUCGCUGCUGGGUGAGGUUUCAAUUUGGUUUUUGGUUAAUCUUGACCUUGAAAAAUACACGGUUGAACAAAUUUUGUUUUAAGUGUAACAAGUUUGUAAAAACUAUCAAACCUCUCAAUUCUAGAACCAAAGUGUGUAGGGUUUCUCUUGUUUUUUAAGUGCCUCUCUCCUAGCUGAAUUCAUUAACUCUUUCAGCUCUACAAUAGUAUCAUUAUGAUUUUGAAUAUUAUAUAAAUUUUUAAAGACACAAAUUGAUAUUUUCAAGAAAUGCAUGUUUUAUUGUGAACUGUGUAUUCUUCUGCUGACUGUUGUGUAUUUAUAUUAACAUAAAAAUGUUAUUUAAUAACUGUGAAUGGUUUUUUUUUUUGUUUGAUAAUUCUCUACUACUAACAUUCUACGAGUUGAAUAAUGUAAGGCACCAACAUUUUUCUUGAUUUUGCUUGAAACUGGAAUAGUACUUUUGAUUCAAGUACCGGUUGAAUAAUAAUUGAAUAACUCAAAAUUUUGAGUGGAUGUCCACUUUCUAUCCAAACUUUGAGUGGAUGUUUAAGAAUUUCUCUCACUUGUACUAAUUCUGCUUGGAUUUAAUUCCAAGUAACACAUCAGAAAGUUUGUACUAAUAUUCUGCUUGACUCCUUUCUUGUCAAAAUCUGUGACAAUUUUUGUCGGCAUGUGUUCUUAGUUAUGCAGAAUUUUUCUGUGGUUGAUCUUUAUGCUGAACAAAGUUUGGAGCCUCUUCGAUGGUGUAAACACAUUGGGAAAAUUUGCAAUUUUCAUAUUUUUUAUAAACUAUCAAACUCUUCGAUUUUUUCCCUAAAUUGAACAUCUCGUCCAUGCUUGUGUGAACGAUGUUUUAUUCUAACUUCCAAAUCUCAACUAAAUUUAUCGAAUGAAUACAAAUUCAAACACAAAUUUUGAUUGUAUAAUAUCUAAGAAAUGUAUUAUUACAGGAAUUUAAAACCAGGAACAAUAUGUUUGUAAAACUAAAUAAUGCAAUUGUAAAAAAAUAUUGAAAUUACAAUUUUUAAUUCGA